UUAGAUGUGCCUGAUUAAUUGUAUUGAUUUUUUAUGUUCUACCUGUGUAAGGAUAGGAGUCAUAAUUGUCAGGGUUGUGUUAUGUUGUUUUGGAAGUAAGGGUCACGGGAAAACUGAAGCUGCUGGGUCAGUAAAGGUCUGACAGACUUUAAAGAGGUUUCUGAGUAGCACGUGUGGGGGACAGACGUGUCCGGCACCACAGGCUACGGCCCUGGGGGACGCCUCACGGGUGAAAAUAGGCAACCUUUGCCUAUAGGUGAAACCUAGCUGGUCCUUGUGGAGUGAAUGAGGGGACGAAGUCUCCGCCCUUCUGAAAUUUUGAUAAGAUCUCUUCCGUGGUGUAAAAGUCGUGGAGAGCGAGAAAUCGUUUCUGUGUGUGUGUGUCUUAUUAUAAUCUUUUUUGUAUUACUGAUAACCAUGGGGCAGUCCCGAUCCACCCCUCUGUCAUUAACAUUGGCACAUUGGGCAAAAGUAAAAGCACGAGGGCAAAACCUGUCUCUUAUUAUCAAGAAGGGGGAUUGGCAAAAUUAUUGCGAAAGUGAAUGGCCAACCUUUAAAGUAGGAUGGCCACGGUCAGGUACCUUUGACAUCCAUACCAUACGGGCAGUCCGAAUGACUAUUUUCGCCUCAAUAGGAGGCCAUCCUGACCAAGAACCAUAUAUCACAGUAUGGGAAGAUUUGGUGAUGUAUCCGCCGGACUGGGUCCGACCAUUUCUUCCAAAUGAUAAAAUAAGAGUCCUAGCCCCCAAUAAUGGAGGAGAUUAUGAAAAAUUGAAAGAACCAAGCCCUAAGACCAAGGUAUAUCCAGAGGUCGAAGGACCCCCUGAAUGGACUCCACCUGUAUCCACAUCUAUACCCACCGCCCCCCCAACUGGACCCCGGUCCCCAGACGAGGGAGUACCUGUGCCAUAUAACCCGGGGGGUUGGGAAGAAGGACCCUAUACCGGUACCAGGAGUAAACGGGGGAUAAUGCCUGAGGGACCAGACUCCACUGUAGCCUUACCACUCCGGGCGGUGGGGCCAGCCCCCACAGAGCCAGAUGAGUUACAACCAUUACAGUACUGGCCCUUUUCGUCCUCCGAUUUGUACAACUGGAAAGCAAAUAACCCUUCUUUUUCUGAGAACUCUGCUGCCCUCAUAGGACUAGUCGAAUCCCUGAUGUACUCCCAUCAGCCCACAUGGGACGACUGCCAGCAGUUACUUCAAACACUUUUCACCACAGAGGAGCGAGAACGAAUCUUCUCGGAGGCACGAAAAACCCUACAGGAAGGCCAACCAGGCCAACCCCCUCGAACAGGAAUGGAAGUGGAGGCGUUGUUCCCAGUAGCGCGGCCGCAAUGGGACUAUAAUACAGCAGCAGGUAGGGAACGACUGUCCAUAUACCGCCGGGCUCUGGUAGCAGGACUAAGAGGGGCAGCCAGGAAACCUACCAAUCUGGCAAAGGUGAGAGAAAUUAUGCAGGGGCCUAAUGAACCACCCUCGGUGUUCCUAGAACGUAUCAUGGAGGCCUAUCGUAUUUAUACCCCGUUUGAUCCCAAAUCUAGGGGACAACGGGCCUCCGUUAUCAUGUCCUUCAUUGGACAAGCUGCACCAGAUAUAAAACGAAAACUGCAGCAUAUCGAGGGAUUGCAGGAUUACACCCUGCAAGAUAUUGUUAAAGAGGCUGAGAAAGUGUUCCAUAAAAGGGAAACCGAGGAAGAAAAGUGGGAGAGGGAAAAGAAUGAGAGAGAGAAGGAAGAAAUACGAAGACAAAAGAGACAGGAUAAGAAUUUAACAAGAAUACUUACUACAGUAAUGGCCGAGGGGAAACGCCAAGGGGAAAGACAGGCGAAAGGAGGAAGGGACCUGGACGACAAUGACAGGAAUAAGGGACCCAGAAGACUGGGAAAAGAUCAAUGUGCGUUCUGCAAGGAACAUGGGCAUUGGGCCCGUGAAUGCCCUAAGAAAAAGGGAAAGAGAGUACUAACCCUGGAGGAAGAUGAAGAUUAAUGGGGUCAGGGCCCGGAACCCCUCCCCGAGCCUAGGAUAACGUUAAAUGUGGAGGGGACCCCAGUAAAUUUUUUGAUUGAUACUGGGGCAGAAUAUUCCGUACUGAAAACCUCAUUAGGGACUGUAACUAACAAACAGACCAUGGUAAUUGGAGCAACAGGUCGAAAAGAAUACCCCUGGACAACUAAUCGAACUAUUGACUUGGGAACUAACCAGGUAUCCCAUUCUUUUUUGUUAAUACCCGAGUGCCCUACCCCCCUCCUCGGACGAGACCUGUUAACAAAAAUGAAGGCUCAGAUAAGCUUUACUUCUGCUGGCCCUGAGAUCGCCCUUGCAGGCAGAAAGCCAAAAACAUGCGUAUUGUCUCUGCACUUGGGGGAGGAAUAUAGACUAUACCAAAACCCCAAGGAGAACCUGGAUAACCUUGAAAAGUGGCUCAAGCAGUAUCCGAAAGCAUGGGCCGAAACUGGGGGCAUGAGGGAAGCGGUGAACAUCCCUCCCAUAGUGAUCAAGCUGCAAUCAAGUGCCACCCCAAUAAGCGUAAAACAAUACCCAUUGUCAAAAGAGGCAGUAGCAGGGAUACGACCUCACAUCGACAAGCUUGUACAACAAGGGAUUCUUGUGCCUUGUAAAUCUCCCUGGAACACACCACUCUUGCCGGUAAAGAAACCUGGGACUGGGGAUUAUCGGCCAGUACAGGACUUGCGGGAAGUCAAAAGAGUCCUUACCUUACAUCCUACGGUACCCAACCCAUAUAAUCUCUUAAGCUCUCUUCCCCCAGAUCGUGCCUGGUAUACAGUCCUUGACCUAAAGGAUGCAUUUUUCUGCUUGCGACUGCAUCCAGUGAGCCAGUUAAUUUUCGCUUUCGAGUGGAGAGAUCCUGAAAGUGGGAGAGUGGGUCAACUCACGUGGACAAGAUUACCACAAGGAUUUAAGAAUUCUCCUACCUUGUUUGAUGAAGCCCUCCACAGGGACCUGGCAACUUUCCGGGCACAAAACCCACAGGUAACUUUACUCCAAUAUGUAGAUGACCUCCUACUCGCGGCGUCCACCAAAGAAAGCUGCCUGAUGGGAACUCGCAGACUACUGGUUGAACUUGGAAGGUUGGGGUACCGUGUCUCAGCAAAGAAAGCACAAAUCUGCCAGAAAGAGGUAACCUAUCUGGGAUAUGCUCUAAAGGAUGGAAAAAGGUGGCUGACGGAAGCCCGAAAGAAGGCCAUCUUGCAGAUCCCCACCCCAUCAACCUCUCGACAGGUGCGUGAGUUCCUGGGAACGGCGGGGUUCUGUCGCCUUUGGAUACUUGGGUUUGCUAGCUUGGCUGAACCACUAUAUCCACUCACCAAAAACAAAGGAGAAUUCGUAUGGGGCAAAGAGCAGGAGGAGGCCUUCACCAACAUAAAGAAGGCGCUGUUAAGUUCCCCUGCUCUGGCGUUACCUGACCUCACCAAACCAUUUACUCUGUUCGUGGAUGAGCGAAAGGGAGUGGCCCGGGGUGUGUUAACACAGAAACUCGGACCCUGGAAACGGCCAGUGGCAUACUUGUCAAAAAAAUUAGACCCCGUGGCCAGUGGAUGGCCUGCCUGCCUUAAAAUAGUGGCUGCCACCGCAGUCUUGGUAAAAGACUCUGAUAAACUUACUUUUGGACAACCAAUUACAAUCAUUGCAGCCCACUCCCUGGAAAGCAUUAUUCGACAACCUCCUGACCGGUGGUUAACAAAUGCCAGGAUGACUUACUAUCAGAGUCUGUUACUAACUGAACGUAUUAAGUUUGCCCCUCCAGCCAUCCUGAACCCAGCCACACUGAUGCCUGAAGCAGGAGAGAGUGACCAGCCUCUCCAUGAAUGCCAAGAGGUUCUAGCCGAAGAAGUGGGCAUUCGCGCAGACCUAACUGACCAGCCUAUGGAAGGAACCCCCUCGUGGUUCACCGAUGGGAGCAGCUACCUGCUGGAAGGAAAGCGAAAGGCUGGCGCAGCCGUAGUGGACGGGAAACGGGUCGUGUGGGCUAGCUCGUUGCCAGAGGGGACCUCUGCCCAAAAAGCCGAACUAGUAGCCCUCAUACAGGCCCUGAGGUUGGCUGAAGGAAAAGUGAUUAACAUAUUUACCGAUAGCAGAUACGCCUUCGCAACAGCCCACGUCCAUGGGGCAAUAUACAGACAGAGGGGGCUCUUGACAUCGGCGGGGAAGGAAAUUAAGAACAAAGAGGAAAUUUUAAAUCUCCUAGAAGCCGUACAUCUCCCCAAAAAGGUGGCCAUCAUACAUUGCCCAGGGCAUCAAAAAGGAGAUGACUGGGUUGCAAGAGGGAAUCGAAUGGCAGACACAACUGCCAAAGAGGCCGCACUAGAGGCCAUGAUACUCUCAGUAAAACUUGACGACAAACAGGCAGUGGAAGGAAAGGAAGAAACAAACCUAUCCGCUGAGGAAGGGAAAGCUUACAUCGAUAAAAUGCACUGA